GUACGGUAUCAUUGAAUUGCAGCAUUACCAAGCUAAUCUGGCACGGUCACACUGUACAGACGUGUCAUUUGACGACUGCUGUAAAUACAUAAGUUUUUUAAAUUCGCGGCAUUUAAUUGGUGCAAUUAAGCGCUGUGCAUUUUAACUGAGCCUAACCGAGAAUCUUCCCAUCAUUGGGAAUCUGCGUAUUUACUUAAGUACCAGAGACGCGCGCAGUCAGCGAACUGCCAGCGUGCCAGAGCAUCAGCUGGGGGCUCAUUAGAAAAAAAGACGACGACGACGACCACACCAAAACCCAAACUUCUCUGAGAGAAGAAGGAAACUGCGCUUAUUUUUGUAAAUAAUUAGAAGACCGGCGCUACUUUUCCAAUGGCGGGUCAAAAAUUUCAGUAUGAUGAGAGUGGCGGCACAUUUUACUAUUUUGUGUUAUCGUUUUUGGCUCUGGUAUUGAUACCAACAACCAUUUACUAUUGGCCACGUAAAAAGAAAGAAGAUCUUAGCAAACUAAAAGAGGAAUGCCAAUGUCCCGACUGUCUGAAGAAGAAGAUAAUAUUGGCCAAUGCCGAGCCUUAUCGUACACUAAAAUCGGUUGUCAUUAAGCUGGCCAUUGUACUCGGGUGGGCGCUACUGCUGUUCCUCACAUAUCGUGUCUCACAGUUCGAUUACGAGAUGGCGAGCUUCGAUCCCUUUGAGAUCUUGAACGUGCCGCCGACAGCAACGCAGGCUGAAAUCAAGAAGGCCUACUAUAAGCUGUCGAAGGUGCUGCAUCCUGAUAAGGAGACGGGCGACGAGAAGUCAUUUAUGAUGCUCAGCAAAGCGUAUCAAGCGCUCACCGAUGAUGUGGCUAAGGAGAAUUAUGAGAAAUAUGGCAAUCCCGAUGGUCCGGGCGCCAUGUCGUUUGGUAUUGCGCUGCCCUCAUGGAUCGUUGAGAAGGAGAAUAGCGUUUGGGUGUUGGGUCUCUAUGGCCUAGUCUUCAUGGUGGCCAUGCCCUCCGCAGUAGGCGUCUGGUGGUAUCGCUCCAUACGUUUCAGCGGAGAUAAAGUCCUAUUGGAUACGUCGCAAAUGUAUUUCUAUUUCAUACACAAAACGCCGCACAUGCUGCUAAAACGAGCUCUAAUGGUACUCGCAGCCAGUCUGGAGUUUGAUAAGCGACACAAUUCGCAAGUGGUCGAACGGCAGUCGGAUAACGAUGAGGUGCCAGCGCUGAUUAGGCAACUGCCUAAUCUGAAUGAAAAAUGCAAAGAGCAUCCGCUGUGUCGCAUGUAUUCCAUUAAGGCGCGUGCCAUACUGCAUGCUCAUCUCUCACGUAUUCCGUUGAAUCCGGAGACACUAGAACGUGAUCGUCAGUUCAUUGUGAAGAAGUGUCCGUAUUUGGUACAGGAGAUGGUCAGUUGUGUGCAUCAGUUGGUCAUGAUGGCCUAUGCGCGUCGUGUGCCCCGUCUACCCAGUAUCGAAACCAUCGAGAACUGCAUGAAAAUGUCCCCGAUUAUCAUUCAGGGCCUCUGGGAUUACAAGUCGCCGCUGCUGCAGUUGCCCCACCUAACCGAGGAUCAUUUGUAUUUCAUGAACAAGAAGCGCCAUGUGAAGAAUCUGCAACAAUUCGCUCAGCUGAAGCCGGAAGAGAGUCGCAUGCUGCUCAAGAAUCUUUCGGACUUUGAAUAUGAGAAUAUUAUGCGAGUGCUGGGCAAGAUGCCUCUGAUUGACUUCUCCAUACGCUGCGAGGUGAUCGACGAUGAGAACACCAAUGUGGUGACAGCGGGCGCCAUUGUAACAGUGACCGUGACGCUGGAGCGAAAGGAUAUGAAGACUCUGUUCGGGGACACAAAGGUGCCGGAGAAACAGGGCAUUAAAGACGAUGCCAAUGAGGAGGCGGCUGGCGAUGAUGAUGAGGCAGGUGCUGCUGCUACUGUUGUGCCGGUGAAGAAGGCUUCUGCUUGGUCAAAGCCGCGCAAAGGCGGCAAGGGCAAAGGCGGCAAGAAACCUGCCAACAAUCAGAAGAAAAAGGCGCAGCCGAAGCCAGCAGUCGCAGCAGCAGCUGCUGCUUCUGUUUCCACUGUGUCCACAACGGAUGAGCAAACGGCAGCCAAUUCGGAAGCCGAAUCGGAUGCCGGAGAGCACAGCGAUGUGGAAUCGGUAGCCGCCUCUGGAAGCGAGGAUGAGGAUAAGCAGAAUAAAAACAACUCCUCGCUGGAUGACGACGACGACGAGGAGUGGGAGAGGCUGCAGGCCAAGCUGAAUAAACGCGAACGCCUGGAGGGCAAGUCACGUAUGUCGCAUACAGUGCACUGUCCAUUCUUUCCGGAAGAGAAGCAGGAGUACUGGUGGACAUACAUAUGCGAUCGCAAGUCGCGCACUCUGCUCACAGCUCCCUACCAUGUUACAAAUCUCGUCGAGAAGGAGGAGAUACAGCUAAAGUUCACAGCGCCCCGUUGGCCAGGCGUCUACACCUUUACAGUUUGCCUGAGAUCAGACUCGUAUCUGGGCUUGGAUCAGCAACAGGAACUGAAACUGGAUGUACAGAAGGCACCCGCACCACCCACAGAUCAUCCACAAUGGGACUUGAGCGAAUCGGAGCCGGAGCACAAUGAUCAGCAAGAGAAUCUAAGCGACUAUACAACAGAUACAUCCGAUGAGGAGAAUAGCGAUUAGGCAAUAAUUCACCCGAAAGAGCGAGAGUCAGCCAGAGAGUUGAUCAUGACAUGAUUCUGCUGUAGCUACUUCAACUCAUUCACCUCAAUCUGAUCUGUUCAGCCACGUUCAAUGAACGUGGCGAAGGGCGAUUGGAUUUAACAAUCAACGACAAUUUAAUGAAUAAAGAGCGAAAGUGAGCACCAGUUGCUCAUGACGGAAUCUACUUCAGCUCCUACUUCAACUCAUCCAUUUUCCUCCAAAUAUUUUGAUUUUGUUUUCCUUUCCCAAAACCUUCUUUUAAUAAUUAGUAAAUGCUUUUGAGUUGCGAAAUUAAUUCGCAUUUUUAACUAGUUUUUGUAAUUAAAAA